UAUUAGUUGCUUAUUAAGUUGAUCUGUAUAUUUUUCAUAUUUUUUAAGUUCUUUGCUUUAUAGUAGUCUAGAUUUUAUCAUUAAUUUUCUCACAUUUGUUAAUUACAUACCACUUUUUGCCAAUGGUCUAGUAAUCAGAGCCGCAAUAAAUAAAAAAAAAAGUUUUGUUUGAUGAUGGUUUGACAAAGACCUGGUUUGAUGAUGUUUAUAACCUCAAAGACAUUUGUGUUGUGAGUUCUUGCCUCAAAACUGUUUAAGGAUCACAAAACUAUGUAUUGUAAAAUAUUAGAGCUGUAUAGCGGCAUUGGAGGCAUGCACUGUGCGUGGAACGAAUCUGGACUCCAAGGUGAAAUAACUGUAGCAGUAGAUAUCAACACAGUUGCUAAUGAAGUCUACAAACACAAUUUUCCUGACACAAAUUUAUUAAACAGAAAUAUCCAAUCACUCACUCCAGAGGAACUAAAGAAAUCUAACGUAGACACGAUACUUAUGUCUCCUCCAUGCCAGCCCUUUACCAGAAACGGAAAAUUUUUGGACGAAAACGAUCCAAGAACUAAUUCAUUUGUGUAUUUAAUUGGAAUAUUGGAUAAGCUUGACAAUAUUAAAUACAUUCUUAUGGAAAAUGUAAAAGGUUUUGAAUGUUCUGCAGUUAGAAAUCUGUUUAUAGAUAAACUAAAAGAGUGUGGAUUUGAAUAUCAGGAAUUUCUGUUGUGUCCCUCUACAGUAGGAGUACUAAAUUCAAGGUUAAGAUACUACUGUAUAGCUAGGCGAACUGAGAAAAUAUGGAAUUUCAGAAGAAAAGAUGGAAUUAUUGAACAGCUGCCAAAGGAUUAUGGUACACCAGAUUCCAUUGAAAGUAUUAUUGAAUUAAAUAUUACUGAUAAAUUUCUAAUACCAGACAAAUUGUUGAAACGGGCGAAUAUCUUUGAUAUCUGCUACAAAGACUCUAGGAGAUCAUGCUGCAUCACAAAAGCUUAUGCACAUUAUGUUGAAGGCACUGGAUCAGUAUUCACUGAUGCUAGCCCAGAGACACUUAAACUAACUUAUGAAAAAGCAAACACUUUUGAAGUAGGCAGUGACAAAUUUGUUAACUGUGUAAGAGAUUUAAAAUUACGGUUCUUUACACCAAAGGAAGUCUUAUCCUUAAUGUGUUUUCCUAAACAUUACAACUUCCCUGAAAAUACUUCCCUAAGACAAUGUUACCGGUUACUAGGUAAUAGUGUAAAUGUGAAAGUCAUAACGGAAUUAUUAAAAAUAUUGUUUGAUGAAUAAA